GUUUCGAGGCUCCUGCUGCUGUGCAUAGUUUCAUGGCGAUCGGGAGCAAUUUUCACUGUGCUGAUUGCAACGCGAACCCUGCCGCGCACAUGCAUGCCCCACUGCCCCAAGAGGACGUGUGUGCGCGUUGCGAUAAAUGUUGGAUUAGCCACCAGGUUGCUCCAGUCAGUGUUGCUCGUGCCUAUAAACCGCGGUCCCUUCCACGGCGCACCACCCGCACAUACGCGCGCCCACAGAUCACACGGCUCGUCGUCGCCGUCGCCGCCGCCAUGUCGUCGUCGGCAUCUCUCCCAGCUCUCGGCCUCCCGGAGCGGCUCGGCUACGUGCAGUGCAGGUUCUGCAACACCAUCUUGCUGGUGAACGUGCCGUGCAGCGGCCUUCUCAAGAUGGUGGCGGUGCAGUGCGGCCGCUGCGCCGGCAUCCUCUCCGUCAGCGUGGCUUCUCCCCCACCACCGCCGCCGUCCGUCGAGCUGCCUCUGCAGGUCAGCACUUUGCUUACCAAGUUGCUUUGCAUGGACAUCAUCAUAUAG